UAAGGGGCAGGAAGAGGCUGUCAGCUCACACUGGUACCCAGAGCCUCAGCAUCCUGCAUCCCUAUCUGAGCAUCCUCACCCAGGCAGCCCCAGGCCAGCCAGGAGGGAGCUUCCAGCCAGCAAGGAUAGCAGGAAUCGAGAGCUAUGUGGAAUUCUGAAUAAGGGGAGAAACGUUUGAUUCUUGGGAUAAAGAACAUUAUUCUCCCUGGAAUUAUCUAAAGACUCAGUAUUUUCAUUUAAAUCGUUGGUGGGAUGUCAUCUAUGGUCUCCGAGCUUGCACAUUGGCAGAAGUAUCAGAGGAGAGCUGUCCACACACAGCAGUCCUGAAACGUUCCAUAUCCAGACAAUAAUCACUGCAUAGAAAAGCUAAACUCAUUUGUUUCCCACCUUCUAACUCAAAAUACAUACAUUGUUAACAUAGAACCCUUACAAGGCCAGCCAUGGAUGAAACAUUCAAAGACCGGACUGCCUUUAUACGUGGCGCUAAAGACAUUGCUAAAGAAGUUAAGAAGCAUGCAGCCAAGAAGGUUGGUAGGAGUGUAGAUAAGGUGCAGGAUGAGUACACAAAACGAUCCUACACACGGUUUGAAGAGGAUGAUGACGAUGAUGAUUAUCCGCCUCAGGAUGGAUACUACAAAGGUGAUCAUCUUGAUGAGGAAGGGGCAUCCAGUGAUGCUACGGAAGGCCAUGAUGAGGAUGAUGAAAUCUACGAAGGAGAAUAUCAAGGAAUUCCUCGAGCAGACUCCAUGAAAGGUGACCACCUAACAAAUGACCAGCAGCUUGUAACGGAGUUUAAAGACUUUGAAGAUUUAGAAGGGCAACGACGAAAAGACAAAGAGGAACUGGCUCAACAAUACGAGCUGAUUCUUCAAGAGUGUGGACAUGGUCGGUUUCAGUGGACACUCUACUUUGUUCUUGGACUUGCCAUGAUGGCUGAUGGGGUGGAGAUAUUUGUGGUGGGCUUCGUAUUACCCAGUGCAGAGAAGGACAUGUGCUUGUCAGAUUCCAACAAAGGCAUGCUCGGUCUCAUUGUGUACUUGGGAAUGAUGGUGGGUGCGUUCCUCUGGGGUGGACUAGCCGAUCGGAUUGGACGCAAACAAUGUCUCCUAAUCGCCCUCUCUGUCAACAGUGUUUUUGCUUUCUUCUCCUCCUUCGUACAGGGAUACGGAACCUUCCUAUUCUGCAGGCUUCUUUCGGGAGUCGGCAUUGGGGGUUCCAUUCCUAUUGUAUUCUCUUAUUUCUCUGAGUUCCUGGCCCAAGAAAAGAGGGGAGAACACUUGAGUUGGCUCUGCAUGUUCUGGAUGAUUGGGGGCAUCUAUGCUUCAGCCAUGGCAUGGGCAAUCAUUCCACAUUAUGGAUGGAGUUUCCAGAUGGGAUCUGCUUACCAGUUCCAUAGCUGGCGAGUAUUUGUACUUGUGUGUGCGUUUCCUUCGGUGUUUGCGCUUGCAGCUCUUACCACUAUGCCUGAAAGCCCUCGUUUCUACUUGGAGAAUGGAAAACAUGACGAAGCUUGGAUGGUGCUGAAACAGGUCCACGAUACCAACAUGAGGGCCAAAGGUCACCCGGAGAGAGUGUUUUCUGUGACGCAGAUAAAGACCAUAAAACAGGAGGAUGAACUAAUUGAGAUCCAGUCCGAUACGGGUACCUGGUACCGCCGAUGGAUGAUUCGAAUCCUCAACUUAUCCCAACAGGUCUGGGCCAAUUUCCAUGACUGCUUCGCCCCUGAAUAUCGCCGGAUCACCCUGAUGAUGAUGGCUGUGUGGUUUACCAUGUCUUUCAGUUACUACGGACUGACUGUCUGGUUCCCAGACAUGAUUAAACAUCUCCAGAACAUCGAAUAUGCUUCGCGCACCAAAUACUUCAACAGCGAGAAAAUGGUGAAUUUCAACUUCAACUUCACCCUGGAGAACCAGGUGCACAGAAAUGGAGAGUACCGCAAUGACAAAUUCAUCCGUCUGAAGAUGAAGUCUGUCACGUUUGAAGAUUCAAUCUUUACAGAUUGUUACUUUGAAGAUAUCACCUCCAGCAACACUUUCUUUAGGAAUUGCACCUUUAUCUCAACUUUGUUCUAUAACACAGACUUGUUUGAUUACAAGUUUAUCAACAGUAAGAUCAUCAAUAGCACGUUUCUGCACAGCAAAGAAGGCUGCCAACUUGACUUCAGCGAUGACAUCAACAACGCCUACAUGAUCUACUUCGUCAGCUUCCUGGGUACCCUGGCUGUGCUGCCUGGUAACAUUGUGUCGGCUUUGCUCAUGGACAAAAUCGGACGCCUUCGUAUGCUGGCUGGCUCCAGUGUCAUGUCCUGUAUCAGCUGCUUCUUCUUAUUCUUUGGGAACAGUGAGUCGGCCAUGAUCGCCUUGCUUUGCCUCUUCGGAGGGGUCAGCAUUGCUUCCUGGAAUGCACUAGAUGUCCUGACAGUAGAACUUUAUCCUUCAGACAAAAGAACGACAGCUUUUGGGUUUCUAAACGCCCUCUGCAAACUAGCAGCUGUGCUGGGUAUAAGCAUCUUCACAUCUUUUGUUGGGGUGGCAAAAGCAGUACCCAUCUUGUUGGCUUCUGCAGCUCUGGCGGUGGGCAGUUUUUUAGCCCUCAAACUGCCCGAAACACGAGGCCAGGUGCUUCAGUGAAAUUAGCCCUUGUAAUAAGAAUUUUAGAUUUGUAGACACUGUGAAAUGUCUUAUAUUUUUGUUUGUUUGUUUUUUUUGUUUUGGUUUUUGGGGUCCUUCUCACAUCCUGUAUCCUAAUAUGUGGGUAAAAUAAUGUACGCAAGUCUCAAUGACCAUGUAAUUAAGAAAGUGGAAGAUGAAAAUUGUUUGCACUAAUCUUAGAUCGAAGGCUCCUCUGAAGAUUAGUUUAUGUUUUAAAGGGAGCUAGGCUGUAAGACGAGCUAAAACCAGGUUGAGAGUAGAUAACGAAUACUUGGCUUUCAAGUUCUUCAGCGUUCUUACAUAUCAAUCAGAAUCUGUAAAUUUAGGAUUUUUCCAUAUCACUGAUAUGUAAAUGAAAAAAUUGGACAGUGUGGACAGUAAACUGGUAUAUUUAAUCCUCGACGACCAAAGGCCACGAUGUGGCCAUGACAUUAUGCAUAUCACAUCCUAAAAAACGUGGCUUUAUAGCCUGCCUUGACGCUCUCUAUGAGGAAAAGCUACAGAAGUCCUAUGAAGGCUUCAUGGUGUGAUACGAAAACCUCAAAGAACAGGACAGAGGUCCACUUUCCUCUGAUUCUUCUUCUCUGUCCAAGACUGGACUAUGAUCAAAGACGUCAUGAGUUGCACCUACUCUCAAAUAGGUCUCCUUCAAAAACCUAAUGUUUAACCUGCCUUUCAGAUUGAAAUGGUGAAGUAUUGGGUUUUCAGAUCCACAAAUACAAUUUUCUGUGGGUCACAUUUAAAAACUAGGUGGCAUAAUUGUAUUGUGGAUUUCAACUGGAUAGGAUAAUUUUGGGUUUUUCUUGUAACCAUACUCAUCAAUUAACAAGGUGAGCAACUGUUGUCUAUUGGGCCUCAUCACACACACUCUUGGCCCCCUGUGACAAACAAAUAUCUUAUAUCUAUGAUGUCUACAAGGCAUUACUACCCUGCUUAGUGGCACAGUGGACCUGGGGCUCAGUCAAACCAUAUUAUAUUGAAAGGCACAAGAAUUCCAGCAGAUUUCCUUUGGAAACAUAUGACAUACCAUUGAAGAGAAGCACAUUUUUAUAUAGUUUUAUUGGGGGUGGGGUGGGGUGGGGU